CCGGAGCCCCGUCCGCGUUUUCACUCCUUCCAGCCAUGGGAUCGCGGAUGUGAGCUGAUCGGCUCCACCCGCAUCCGAGAACUCCAUGCCACUGCCCCUGGCGCUGAGUCAGUGCUUGGCCGACCUGACGAGUCACAUUUCCACCCUCCAGGAGGAAAUCGACAUUCUCAAGGCAGACAACAAUGCCCUCAAGGUAGAGCAGACGAGGGCCGAGCCUCUCAAGAGUUCUGCGCUGAGCAAGGUAGAGCAGCUGGAGCUGGAGAACGACAUCUUGAGCCACCAGAUCAAUGAGCUUAAGGCCCAGCUCUACAUGAGCAGCGCCUUGGAGGAAGAGCUGCUGCCGAAGCGACGACAUGCCUGGCCUGAGAACGAGAAGGCCAAGGAGGAGAACAGGAAGAAGCAGGUGAGCUUCGAUCAGGUGAUUCCUCGCCCCGAGUUUCUGGAGUCCGGCCAGAGGCCACCGUCGGCGGACCCAAACAGCAUCGAUCAUCUGGAGCACCCGGAGUCCUGCGUAUUCCUGGACUCUGAUCAGGAAGUGGAUGACCGCCCCAUGGACGCGCUCAAGGUGAAGAAGGUCACCACCACCGACGUGAAGCGGCAGCUGUCCUUCAAGCGCCACGAGCGCGAGGGCUCUGGGAUGUUGGCCUCGGAAGAGUCGCUGGCGGCUUCGAAGAUGAACAUGUUGAAGAGGAAUCCCUUCGACGACAAGCAAGAAGCCCGCAUCGUCCGCGGGAAAAGCUUCAGCGAGUCCUGGAAAGACGCCGUGCGACUGCUGACGUACCCGGACCGCGGGUCCUGCUUCGAGCGGAUCGCGCAAGGGGUGGUCUUCAAAAGUCUGGCCAUGGUGGCCAUCGUUGCCAACACCAUCUACCUCGGAUGGGCGGCAGACUUCAACGUGAAGAACAGCUUCCGAAGGCUGCAGAGUUUGCCGAUGGAGCCGCAGAGUCGAGUGGCAGAGAUUGCGUUUGCCGCUUGGUUCACUCUGGAGCUCUUCAUCCGAGCCUUGGCGGAGAAGCUGGAGUUCCUCACCGGUGAUGAGAAGUUCUGGAACGCGUUGGACUUCUUCUUGGUCUCGGAGAGUUUGGUGUCGCUGGCCUGGGACGUGCCGGCGAGCUUGGCUUUUCUGCGGAUCUUGCGGGUCUUUCGGCUGGUGCGGAUCGUGCGGCUGGUGCGAACCGUUCAGGCGCUGCGCAAGCUGCGGACCAUGAUCUUCGCGAUGCUGAACUCCUUCGCCGACCUGCUCUGGGCCUUGCAAGUGGUGCUCCUCAUCGUCUUCGUCUUCAGCCUGAUUUUCAACAAUGCUGUGGCUGCUCACUUCGACUCCCUAGAUGCCAGCGAUAUCAUCGCCAUGGGCCUGGCGCAGGAGAUCAACGCCAUGUACGGAGGGCUCUACAGCUCCAUGGUCUCCCUCUGGAGCGCGGUGAGUGGGGGCAAUGACUGGAUGGUGUACGCGGAAGCGCUGAGACACUUAAGCAUGGGGGAGUUUUACUUUGUCAUCUUCAACUUCUACAUCGCCUUCUGCGUCAUCGGCCUUUUCAACGUGGUAACGGGCGUCUUUGUUGACUCGGCCGUGUGCACACGCACGGAGGACGAGAUCGUUCAGGGAUACCUGGAUGAGAUGAAGUCGAUGACUGAGUCCAUUAAGGGCUUCCUUAAGAAGGCCGACAAGGAUGCUUCAGGCACUUUGACCUACGAAGAGUUUCAGGCGCACAUGUCGAAUCCUGUCGUCAAGGCGUAUUUUUCCGGCUUGGACAUCGACCCGGACGAGACCAAGAUCAUUUUCACGCUCUUGGACUCCGAUUGCAAUGGCGACAUUGAUAUCGAGGAGUUUGUGCACGGCACCAUGAAGCUGAAGGGCUAUGCCACGAAGCUGGACGUCAUGGCGCUGAUGUACGACGCCACGCGGCAGUCCAUCAAGUUCGAGGCCCUCUGCGAAUUCCUGGAGAGUCAGAUCAACUGCAUCUCCGAUGCCGUGGCUGGGCGGCCGCGGCGCUCGUCGGUGUGAGAUGAUUCGGUUCGCUUGGGUCCAUGGGAGCCUGUGCCGCCGGAAGGAACC